CUCAUGAUUUUAUCAGUCAAAAAUAUUUUUACAUUAUAUUAUGUUUUAUUGUAGCCCUGAUGAAGAGGGAGUUCCUUUGACCCCCGAAAUGUGUUGGCUGUCUUUUAUCACAAUCAAUAAAUGUAUUUGGACUCCUUCCAUAUAUGCACGGCUUCUUCUUUUGGUAGCCAGUCACCAGCCGGGUCGGAAUAGAUCUGUAAGUGUUACGUAAGUGAAGCAGAGAAAAAUCUGGUAUCCUGCACAGUUAGAGAGGGGUCAGGUGUAUGGCAGUGUUGUGUGAAUUUCAGGAUAGGUUGGUCAGAAAUACAAAUCUGUUGGCAGGUAAAAUAAUUACGUAUUUUAAUUUAAUUAUUGGAUAACACUAUUCGCUUGCCUAUAUCUCUCAUUUUAGAGGAUCUAGAGGAACAUUUCUACAGCAAGACAUUUGGCAUGGAUAGAACAUUCACUAAUUCAGUUUGCUUGCAAUUUGAAAAUGUCUCAUUUUUCUGCCCAACUGACAGGCCUCUUGUUACACGUCUUGGAAUGUACAUUUUUCUUACUGUCUGCAUAACAAUAACAGUCUUCGGAAAUCUGGGAAUCAUUAUCUCCAUCAGCCAUUUUAAAACGUUGCAUUCCCCAACAAAUUUUCUCAUUCUUUCCAUGGCUGCCACAGAUUUCCUUCUUGGUGUCCUCAUAAUGCCUUGUAGUAUGGUGAGAUCUGUGGAAAAAUGUUGGUAUUUUGGAAAACUGUUUUGUAAAAUCCAUUACAGUUUUGACUUAAUGCUUAGUGUCAUCUCAAUUUUCCAUCUUUGCUCUAUAGCCAUUGAUAGAUUUUAUGCUGUAUGCGAUCCUCUCCACUAUCUAAUUAAAAUGACUACAGAUGUCAUUAAAAAAAUGGUAUUGGUCUGCUGGUCUCUGCCAGCUAUAUUUGCUUUUGGAGUUGUCAUAACAAAUUCCCAUGUAUCUGGAAUAGUUGGAUAUGAGUCAUUAGUGGAAUGUUUUAAUUUAUGUCCAAUUACGUUCAACAAAUUGUGGUCUGUGAUUAUGUUUUUUGCAUGCUUUUUUAUUCCUGGCUCGGUUAUGGUUGGAAUUUACAUACAAAUAUUCAUAGUGUCUCAAAGGCAUGCUAACAUUCUGAAACACGUUAUGGGGAACUUGAAGGACAAAUUGCCAUCUCAAAUUUCCAAGCAGAAGGACCGGAAAGCAGCAAAGACACUGGGAAUUGUGAUGGGAGUGUUCAUAUCCUGUUGGAUGCCAGUGUUUAUAACCAUUUUAGUCGAUCCAUUUCUCAACUUUUCCACACCUGAACUUUUGUUUGAUGCUCUCAACUGGCUUGGCUAUAUCAACUCAACAUGUAAUCCACUAAUAUAUGGAUUUUUCUAUCCAUGGUUUAGAAAAUCACUAAGACAUAUCAUUUUUGGUAAAAUAUUUGAACCUGACUCUAGCUUAGCGAAUCUAUCUUAAAGUGUGUUUAAACCCAAGAAUAAAAAAAAUAUACUGCAA